AUGAGCAGAAGAAGACUACGAAAACUAGAAAAACAACAGUCAGACGUCGAAACAAUAAGAGGAGACUCGGAAGACUCUUUAACUGACAGGAAAAUAAAGAGAAUAAGAUCUGACUCUGACUCUAGUUUUGAAGAAUCUUCAGAAUUAUCCUCGGUUGAUAGUAACUCCUCAAAAGAGGACUCUAGUGACGGUGAACCCAUCAUACAGAACAUUGGCAAUAAAAGGGGUAGACCUAGGAAAACUCACCGCAAGACAAACAGUUUACAAAUAACGCAAAAAACAAAACCACGCUUGGGGCGACGAAAACUGGAUCCAAAUGAUGCAAAAGCAACAGACAACGCCGGUCAGACUAAUUUACAUAUAGCAUGCAUGCGAAAUAACAUCCACAAAGUACGAACACUGAUUGAAAAGGGUGCUAAUAUAAACGCAACAGACAAUUCAGAGUGGACACCUUUACACGAAGCUGCAUAUGGAGGAUAUUAUGAAAUUGUUGUGAUAUUAUUAGAACAUGGAGCAAAAGUAAAUGUAGUCGAUAAAGAAGGCGAUACUCCAUUACACGAUGCAUGCUAUCAAGGACAUGUGGACAUUAUCAAAAUACUUUUAGAAUACGGAGCAGAUGUAGAAAAAACAAACGAUAAGAACGAGAGACCCGAGGAUGUUAUAAAUAGAUCUUCUGUAGAGUCAGACGAACAAAAAGAACAAGUCAUAAAACUACUGAACACUCCAAUACAGACUGAAAAAAAAACCAAAAAAGAUAGGACGCAGAUUAAUAGAACCAACUGUGGUAAUAGAAAGAUCCAAAUAUCGAACAUUACCGUCAAGGUCAGAGACCGUAGGCAGACGAGGCAGACCUAG